AUGUCGGUCAAAGAUGAGUCGUUCUCGCAUGUCGAGAGCCAACUAGAAGGACAGUUCUCAACCGACGAAAGCGGCCUUGGCGAGAAGGGAGGAUGGCACGCUUCAGUCGCGGAUGCCCAUCUGGCCAACCUAAACGAGCAUGAGUCGACCGUUCGCAAGGCGCUUCGAGCCUAUCCGUAUGCUGCCUUAUGGUCGGUGGCGGUUUCCAUGUCCAUCAUUAUGGAAGGAUACGAUACCAACCUCAUUGGCAAUUUCUACGGCUACCCGGCAUUCGCGAAACAGUUUGGCUCACAUGAUAAGUCCACAGACACUUAUCAAGUGGCUGGCUCAUGGCAGCAGGCCCUCGGAUCUGGCCCCACUGCUGGUGCGCUAGUCGGUGCGACGAUCAAUGGAUUUCUGGUACAGCGGUUUGGCUUUCGAAACGUUUUCAUGGGCGCCCUCUUGUGCAUGAAUGCUUUCAUUUUCAUCAGUUUCUUUGGAACAACGGUGCAACUGCAGACCGUGGGUCAAGUCCUGUGUGGCCUGCCAUGGGGAGUCUUUGCAACGAUCGGUCCUGCCUACGCCUCCGAGGUUAGCCCGAUGGCCUUCCGGCCCUACCUCACGGCCUACACCAACAUGUGCUUCGCCAUGGGACAGUUUGUCAGUGCCGGCGUGCUACAGAGUCUAAUCGGGCGCCCCGAUCAAUGGUCUUACCGGAUUCCAUACGCCAUCCAGUGGCUUUGGCCUGCACCUCUGAUGAUUGCAGCCUUCUUCAUGCCCGAAUCGCCAUGGUGGCUUGUCCGACAUGAUCGAUACGAAGAAGCCGAGCGGAGCGUCAGGCGCCUGAUGGCGCGUGCCGAGAUGCCUAACGCUAAGAAUGUUGUGGCCAUGAUGAUCCAUACGAACAAUAUCGAGAAAGAGAUCACAGCCGGCCAUUCCUACUGGGAUUGCUUCCGCGGCACCGAUCGACGUCGAACGGAGAUAGCAUGCGUGAUUUUCGCCGGUCAAGUCUUGGCCGGCAGUACCUUCGCAUACAGUCCUACUUACUUCUUCGAACAAGCCGGUCUGAACAGCAGCAACGCCUAUAAGCUUGGCCUGGGCGGAACUGCGAUCGCCUUCGUCGGCACCCUGAUCUCCUGGGGCCUCAUGAGGAUUGCUGGCCGUCGGACCAUCUACCUGUGGGGUAUGGCCGGCAUGUGCGCUUGUCUCAUAAUCAUCGGCUUCCUGACGCUAGCGCACGGCAGUGGCGGCACCAUAUGGGCCCAGUCUGUUCUUUGCGUCUUGUGGCUCUUCUUCUUUUCGCUCUCCGCCGGACCUAUCGGAUGGGCUAUCCCGGCGGAAGUCUCCAGUACGCGCCUCCGGUCCAAAACCAUCUGCUUGGCCCGAAACGCGUACUACAUCGUUCAGAUCCUGGCCAACGUCAUUGAGCCCUAUAUGAUGAAUCCGACUGAAUGGAACUGGCGGGGGAAAACCGGGUUCUUCUGGUUUGGCACCGCAUUCCUAACAUUUGUUUGGGCUUACUUCCGUCUGCCAGAGACCAAGGGCCGGACAUAUGAAGAGUUGGAUUUGAUGUUCGCUGCAAAGGUGCCGACGAGGAAGUUCAGGAAAUUCCAGGUGGAUGCAUACGACGAGAAUGUCGAUAUCAUCGACCGGGUCAAGGAAACGCAAUGA